AUGACAGGCCCUAUACAGGCUGAAAUUGGUGACAAACAACACGUUUCCACGACAGUGUUGAUGGGACAAUUGACCAACGAAUGGUCAUAUCAAAGAACGCCUAAUGGAUUCCAAGAGGCCUUGGAACAAGCACGUUGCGCGCCGCAACAUACUACAGCAACUAUCUUUCUUAACGCGAGUUUCCAGGCCUGGCUGGCCUAUUUUCUUGCCACCAACGGCAGUAGCCGUCAUCACCGAGGGCAAAGCGCUGCCCAAAAGUCAAUCGCGGCUUUGGAAGAGUUAUCCGUUGAAGACCGGAAGAGGGUAGCAGACGACGUUACGAAAAUUACCCCUCAUCCUACAGUCCAACACGAAUUAGAGAAUUUGCCAAGGACAAAGAAACGCCGCUUAGGCAAUGCCAAUACAUUGCUUGAUAUGUCAUCAGAAACCACGCCGACGAUUGAGCGCUUCUCGAAUGAUGCACAUGAUAGGCUACGAACGACUUGCCAGACGGGAUCAAACUCCGCUUUUGAGCCGCCCUUGGACAACCAUUCGGACACUGGACAUACAAUAUUCGAUCCGAUCCCAGAUGAGAUACCCGAGAACGACCCUGCAAGGCUGAGCGGUCAACAGACGGUCUCUAAUCCUCCAGCGAGACGACUUGCUGGCAUUUUCCCUCAGUACGCUUGUGGUGCCAUAAGAAAUUCAGGGGAUACAGCUUCAGUGACGAUGGCAUUCCCAGCUCAGCUGUCUGGCCCAAAGGUUGAGUGCUUGAUGAGCUUGUCUAUCCUACCAAACAAGGUUCAGUAUCUUGCGACCGAGUUGUUUGGCGUACAUGUAGAGUCAGACGCAGGACUCUGGUACCUCAUUCUAGAAAACGGCGUGAGAGUCCUUCCUCAAAACGAGGUGGUCUUGCAAGGAGGUAAAGAGAAGGCGAUAGAGAAACUACUCGGUUCUGAGCCAAGCCUGGCAUUGAAAAAGAGUCCCUUGCGAAAAGACGAAGUCAGGCAGGGAAAGCUUGCGACAAACUGUGUUACCCUACGACUGCCGAGCAAUUGCGAGUAUGAUGGGAUCCUGAACCUAAACUUGGGGCUUGACGAAGCGUUCCGACUAAAGGACGCCCUAUUUAAGUGA